GCCCUGUCAGCAAAUGUACAAACUACUGCCUGGUGACUGAACUACUGUCGCAUCGUGAUGACGUGCAACACUCGCGUUCAGGAACAGAAUCACCGAACAUUGAGCAAAACCUUACAUUACAAACAGUCGACAGCAGGCUGGUUUUCAGCACAUGUUGAUGGGGUAGAUGCUCCACUGAAAUGACAGACCAGGGCAACAAUAAUCAGAACAUCUCUCGAAACCCAUUUGCUGCCCUGUUCAGUUCACUUGCUGACGCAAAGCAGUUCGCAUCCGGCCAAAAUCUACAUCAGCUACAAGCUGCACCACCGUCGGAAGAGUCUGGAGAGAGCCAGUCUGAGUCUGAAAACUCAGUGUCAGACAGUAACGGGGACAACGAUGACUCAGUGGCCGAGAUCAGCCGCUCUUUCCGGUCACGACAGGAACUCUGUGAACAGCUCAAUAUCAAUCACAUGAUCCAGAGAAUCUUCCUUAUCACAUUGGACAACAGUGACCCUAGUCUUAGAAGUGAUAAUGGCAUCCCCCUGCGCUGUGUUUACCUUGGAGAGAUGGCAGCUGAUCUCGAUGGCCAGGACUGGCUUGACAUGGACACGAUAGAGCAGGCCAUUUUCAGCAGGCUUCUUUUACCGGAACCAGGUAACCACCUAAUCUACAUGACUUCAUGCAGUGUUGCAAACCUGUCAGCAGAUCGUGAUGCUGGGGAGAAACUAGCCAUACCAUACCUGUAUGCCUGCUACCAGAGAGCUAAGGAAGAGGUCACUAAAGUACCAGAGAAGCUGCUGUCCUAUGCUGUGCGCUGUAAAAACCUGACAGUGUCCAAUGCUUGCACAGUGCUACUUACUCCUGAGAUCUACACCAGCCAGAAUGUGUAUGAACAACUACUGGAUCUGCUUUUGGAGGCAGUUAACAGAGCCCAGAUGGAGGAGGUAGUGGAAUUUUUCGAGGAAGUUAUUGCUGGCCUUUUGACUGACCAAGAAGUGCGCACUUUUAUGGAGGUUAUGGUGCCAGUAUUUGAAAUUUUCCAAAGUCGUGUGAAAGACUUAGACCUCUGCCAUCUGCUGCUUUACUCCUACUUGGACAUUCUAGUUUACUUUAGUCGGCAAAAAGACAUAGCAAAGGUUUUGGUGGAACACAUUCAUCCCAAAGAUCCUACUAAUGGACUUCAGUAUCAGAAGACUCUUCUGGGCACUAUUUUAAAUAUAUCUUGUCUGCUGAAAACCCCAGGGGUGGUGGAAAACCAUGGUUUUUUCCUCAACCCCUCCCGCUCCAGCCCGCAGGAAAUGAAGAUUCAGGAAUCUAAUAUCCACCAGUUUAUGGGCCAGUUUUCUGAUAAGUUGCAGCAGAUCCUGAAGAAUCUGCUGCAGCAGUCGGCAGAGACUCGUCACCUUCUGCUCUCAUGGCUGGGCAACUGCCUGCAGGCCAACAUGGGCCGUGCCAAAAUCUGGGCCAACCAGAUGCCUGAGAUCUUCUUCCAGAUGUAUGCUUCGGAUGCGUUCUUCCUAAAUCUAGGCGCUGCACUUCUCAAACUCUGCCAGCCCUUCUGUCGCCCUAACUCUUCAAAGCUCCUAACAUUUAAUCCCACAUACUGUGCUCUUACAGACUUGAGUGAGGAAGAGAGGCGCAAUAGGAACGUUCAUGCUAGAGGGCUUGACAAAGAGACAUGUCUGAUUCCUGUUCCACCUCAGCAAACAGUCGAAUUUCCCCAAACAUACAGCCUUCUCACAGAAAACCUGGUCCUCACUCAGCUCACCCUGCACCUGGGCUUCCACAGACUGCAUGAUCAGAUGGUGAAAAUGAACCAGUCGCUGCAUCGGCUGCAGGGUACUUGGCGGGAGGCGCAGCUCAACGGAGGUCCGAUGGCAGAGCAGCUAAGGGAGCAAUUCGAGCGUCUCAUGACUGUUUACCUGUCCACCAAGGCUGCUGCCACUCAGCCUUCCAUGCUUCAGAACUGCCUCAAUCUGCAGGCCUCCUGUGCCUCUCUGCUUGUACAACUCAGUCUGGGAAACAAGGGCCCUGAACACAUUCCCCUGUCCUUCCCUCUGCCUCCACUACAGAACAGCCUGAUCUGCUAUGUGCCAGAGUUUUUUGCAGAGAACAUGGGCGAUCUCUUCAUAUUCCUUCGGCGCUUUGCAGACGACGUGCUGGAGUCCUCUGAAGAAAACUUGGAGCACGUCCUCAAUUUCAUCACUGUUUACAUGGGAAAUGUAGAGAGAAUGAAAAAUCCUCAUUUGAGGGCAAAACUAGCAGAGGUUCUGGAGGCAGUGAUGCCUCACAUGGAUUCUGUGUUACCCGGUGCUCCCCAGAUCAUUAUGUUCCGGCGACAGAGGGCAUUCUCCUCUUACUGCCAUGCGCCUCGUCUAGCCGAGGCUCUCAUUACUGUGUUUGUAGACAUUGAGUUUACUGGUGAUCCACACCAGUUUGAACAAAAGUUUAAUUACAGAAGGCCCAUGUACCCCAUUCUUAAGUACAUGUGGGGAGAGAAGAGCUAUAGAGAGAGUGUUAAGCAAUUGGCAAAUUUUGCAUCUGAAAAUCUAGAGGCCAUGAAUCCGCCACUCUUUUUGAGGUUUCUUAAUCUGCUUAUGAAUGAUGCCAUUUUCUUACUAGAUGAAGCCAUACAGUACCUGAGUAAAAUCAAGCUCAUCCAGAUUGAGAGGGACCGUGGUGAUUGGGAAAGUCUGGCCCCUGAUGCCCGACGAGAGAAGGAGUCCAGCCUGCAAAUGUUCGGACAGCUGGCUCGUUUCCACAAUAUCAUGUCAAAUGAGACAAUUGGCACUCUGGCUUUUCUGACAUCUGAAAUCAAAGGCAUCUUUGUUCAUCCUUUCCUUGCUGAAAGAAUCAUCUCCAUGCUCAAUUACUUUUUGCAACACUUGGUGGGGCCCAAGAUGGGUGCUCUUAAAGUGAAAGACUUCAGCGAAUUCGACUUCAAGCCUCAGCAGCUAGUGUCGGAUAUCUGUACUAUUUACCUAAACCUAGGAGACGAGGAAAACUUCUGUGCCACAGUCCCAAAGGAUGGGAGGUCAUAUUCCCCCACCCUUUUCUGUCAAACCGUUCGAGUCCUGAAGAAGAUCAACAAACCUGGGGAUAUUAUAGUGGCUUUCAGCCUCUUGGCAGAUAAAAUAAAGUCUUUGGCAGAUCGACAUCAGCAGGAAGAGGAGACUUAUUCAGAUGCUCCAGAUGAAUUUUUAGAUCCCAUCAUGUCAACCCUGAUGCUUGAUCCUGUGCUACUUCCUUCUUCCAAUGUCACAGUUGACCGUUCAACAAUAGCCCGACACUUGCUUAGUGAUCAGACAGACCCUUUCAACCGCAGUCCUCUCACCAUGGACCAGAUCAGACCCAAUGAGGAGCUCAAGCAACAGAUCAUGCAGUGGUUAGCUGAACACAAGCAGAGGGAUGUGCAGAUGGGACCCAGUGGCUAACAUGCGCACACACACAGACACACACACAGAUACACAAACAACCGCCAAUCUCCUGUCCAUCAUGUCUAAGCCAUAUAACAUAAAACAACACAUUAAAUCAUUCAUUCAUCACAAGAGCAACACACAUAUCUACUGGCAUGGUGUAAUAAUCUCUGUUAAUGUCAAACAUUUUCAAAUAACAUACAUCUGUCUAAAGUUUGUCUACUUUACAUCUGCUCAGAAUGAAUGUCAGUAGUAAUAUUAAUGUCUAACUGCAGCAAGCUUUUAUACUGCUAUAAUAAAUGGUUCAUAAUA